AUGCAUGGGAGUGACAAUUCCACACGCCAGCGUGAGUGCGUUUCCAGAGAUGCCCGUAAAAUGUAUCUCACAUUACGUGUAGCUGCACUUCUACUGUGGGUUCCACACACAUUAGCAUCUCUUUACGUUCUUGUCAACAUGCCUGGUUUUACUACUACUAAUACUACUACUAGUAUUCUUCACGUGUUGGUAUUUAGCCUUUCUGUUAUUGCGAUUACUUAUUAUGUGGCGGUAUAUAAACAAUGUGGAGAUUGUUUAAUGAUUGGAUCAUGGGUGUUGGGGGUAUUCAGUGAUUCUAUCUGGAAUAUGGCGAUUGUAGAUACUGGGAAUACAUUUCAAGAAGGAUUAUCAACAUCUUCUUCUUCUUCUUCACUUUCUACAAUAGAUGUAAGUGGAUCUACACCACAAAAUGAUUUUCAUCUUUUAUGGAUAGUGGUAGCGAUGUUGCAUGGAGCUAUUGGAGGAUUAUUAUGUAAAUUAAAAGAUAUGGAUGAAGAUCGUUAUUAUCCCGCCCAUUCCAUUGGAGAACGACUUUAUGUUGUGGUUCCUUUCUGUACAGGUCAAUGGCUUUCCUUUGUGUUAAAGAAUGGUUGGCGAGGAAUUGUAGUGGAGAAUCUUACUAUUCUUCUUUCUCUAGGUAUGGUGGGUUAUUGUGUGAUUAGUUAUAAAUUAUUGCAGGAACACACUUCUCUUAUGCGAGGGGAUUUAAUUGGAUUUCUUAUGGAACUUCUCACCACAUCUUUUGGAGUUGUGUUUGCGGCUGUUAUCUUUGGUAGUAUAUUUGUAACGAUGUUGGCUAUUCCGUUUCUUAAAUCACUCUUUUCAUUAAAUGCCCUUGUUAGUUCACUUGGGAUAGUGUUGGAGGUGAUUGUGUAUGAGUUGUAUUAA